GGCCAGAAUUACGAGGAGGCGAUGAGCUUUAUUAAGCUAAAAUUCAGUGAGUUGAAUUUGAAUCCGGAUAAGAAAACAAUUUACAUGCACGAAACGUGCGCAACGGAUACGAACCAAGUGCAGCUGGUGAUAACGAGUGUUAUCGACACCAUCAUCCAGAAGAACCUGCAGAAGGCUGGCAUGAUGUGA